CAUACGCGAUGCAAAACAAGUCAUACGUAUUAUUUUGAUAGUUGCUUCUCAUCAUACGAAGCAAAAACGUUUAAGAAGUGGAACAUGCACUGAAAUUAUUAUCUUGACAAAUUUCCGUUUGUACUUCAUGAUGAUUUGGUUGGAAACUGUUCUAACAUUUUUGCCAUUCAAAUGGAUCCAAGCCACAACUUCUCAGAAAGUCUGGUCAAAAACUCAAGCAUUUCAGAAGAAUUGCUUUCUCAACCAUGGAAAUGUUAUGAUAAAUCAAUAAUGCAUCAGCAAAAGUUCAGAAUGAUGGAAAAAUAUGGGCAGGAAAAUCCAAGAAAAGUUAAACUUGUAAAUGGUGUAAAGGUUAUUUGUUCUGAAGAGUUUUUGCUUGGUAAAGGAAGUGAUGGAACUCGUGUUUACCUUGGACUCGGAAAAGAUGGUUACGGAAAAGCAGUAAAACGAUUGCUUCGAGAUAACUGCGUGGAGUUAGCCAAACGAGAAAAAGAAAUUUUGAAUGAGUUGAAUGCCAAGCGUUCAAAUUAUGUUGUGAAUUAUUGGUAUCUUGAAGAAGAACCAGGCACAGAUUACUUGUAUUUGAUAUUAGAUUUGUGUGAAGAAUCGUUAGAGAGUUAUGUGAAAUCUUCUUCUUUGCAAGAUCUUCAAAAAGUCGUUCCUAAAGUUCUUAUUCAGAUCUUAAAUGGUCUAGUUCACCUUCACAGUGGUUCGUGUCCUAUUCUUCAUCGGGAUUUAAGACCACCAAACGUUCUUCUAGAUGUGGAUGGAAAUUUUUUAAUCGCUGACUUUGGUAUAAGUCGAAAAUUAUUAAAUGAAACUUCGACACAUCGGAGCAUACAAAGGGGAGCAAAAAAUUGGAUAGCUCCAGAGUCAUAUAACGCAUCAGAUGAUACAAUUAAUAAAGUUCGUUACAAAAAAGAGUCUGACAUUAUGAAUGCCGGAAUGGUGGCUUAUUAUGUUGCAACAAAGGGAAAACAUCCUUUUGGAAUUGAACGGCAUAGACUGGACAACAUUUUGAAAGGAAACCCAGUUGGCUUGAACGAAAUCAAGGAUGCCACGUUCAAAGACCUUUUAUCGUGGAUGCUACAGCUAGAACCGGAAGAUAGACCAUUGGCCAACGAAGCGUUAAAACACCCUUAUCUACAAACCGAUAAGGAGAAUUUUGAUUUGCUGUGUGAUGUUGGGAAUGAACCAGAAAUAAAGACAUCAUCUCCACAUUCUCUUCCCUCAAAUAUUCGUGAGCAGUUAAAUCUUUCAAUAGGUUGGAUGGACCGUAUCAAUCCUGAAUUCUUUAAUCAUUUCAAUAAAGUAUCCGACUCUACAUGGUUAGUUGCCUAAGAUUUUUACGAAACGUUCGCCAGCAUUGGCGUGAUAAACCUCGUCCACAACUGUCAUCAUGUGUUAAAGAUGGAAACUAUCAAGAGUAUUUUCUUCAACUUUUUGAGGAGCUGCCUUAUCUAGUUCACAGAGCCAUAAGAUUGAGUGAUUGGAAGGCAAGACCUGAUCUAGAGAAACAUUUUCCAAGUAAGACACAGAAAUGAGUUUUCAUUUUUGAUGGCCAAGCUAUAAAUUAGGGGUCCAUGACACUAUAUUUGUUAUUUUCACUCUAGUUCUCCUCUUCAUUUAUUGUACUUAAUGCAUGUUUGUUUUGAAUUCUGUAUAUUGCCGUUGCAAACAUUUGUUACACAGUGCACACGCUGUAAAACUUGAAGAAGGCAGGGGAAAGAAAAGCGAAGGUGUUAUUGACAACGCUGAUCUUAACGGUAAAUAGCUAUGUAACAACAAACUAAUGCUGUGUACGUAUCACUUUUCUCAAAUAUUCUACCAAAAAUCGUAAUCUCUUCACUUGUAUCUGGUGCGUCGUUUUCUAAUUUUGUGCAACUGAAAAUAACGGUUCAAGCAUGUGUGAUAGUACUAGCAAUAGUCAAAAAUCUUUAGACGAGAUUAACGAUUUGUCCGAUAUCCAAAGAUAGUGACGAGUACCUACGAAUCAUAGUGAUUCAGAGACUUUGGCAUAUUUUUAUCGUAUGGUAAAAAGAAGCUUAUAGCUUAUUAUGUUGUCAAACUUGUAAAGAACACAUUGUUCAAUAGUAAAUAUUGCGUAUUCUUUGCUUUAAGGCAACAAAUGCUUUCACGUCGUAUGCAUUAAUGCUGAAAUUGCGAAAAAUGCUUGCUUAGAAAAAGAAGAGAGUUUUCGAUUAGAGUUAUUAAUCCUUUUAGCAGCUCAUUUCACUUAUUUUAUUUUCUUUGCAUGAUUUAUCCUAAGUGUAAAUGGUCAGAUCAAAUGACGAAUGGAAAAACAAGAACAUUAUCGUUUUCAUUUUAAAAUGUGCCACAUCAAUGAAGUCUUUUUAUUGUCUGCAAAAGAGGUUUGUGGGAAAGCAAUUGGCAAGAAGGAAAUCAAUGAUACCACAAUUCAAGAUCGUCUUUUAUAUAUGUUUUAAUUUGAGGCUCUUAAGCAAGUUAGAUUAAGUAACCAAGUUGGAUAUUACAUGGCCAGAUUGCUAUGAAUUUUCGUUAGAUUUUACAAUGUUAUAUAAUUAAAUAUUUUUUUGUCUUCAAAUGACUAACGAUCUAAAACUGAAGGCGAAUGAAAUUUAAAUUUGAUUUCCAUACAUCAUGUUUGUUAUGUAAAAUAUUCAAUAAAUUUUAACAUGUGUAAUUUAGUAAUACAUAGCAUUUCUUCAAGUAUAACAAUGUAUAACAAUACAUAUAACUAUAUAUAACAAUA